AUGACUCGAGGUACUAUUUGGAAGAGCGUCCGUUUCGGGACCCACCGCGAAGAAACCGACAUCAAGUUGAAGACACGGUUCUUGGGCCAGGUUUUGGUGCUAUAUGCUCGUCCGCCACUUCAGUUGGACUCGUUUUUUGCUCUGCUCAAGGAAGCGUGUCAGCAACCCAGUUCACAGCCAAUCACAGUCAAAUGGAUAGACGAAGACGGUGAUCCAGUCUCGAUUGACAGUCAGCGUGAACUGGAUGAGGCUGUUCGUAUUCUGCAGCAAAGUGGAGAUGCUGAGCUCAAUAUACACGUUUUUCUGGGUCAACCGGCUCUACCCGGUCUGCCAUGCGAAGGAGAAGAUCGCAAUGUAUAUCGCAGAGGUGCUCGACGGUGGAAGAAAAUAUAUCUGUUCAACGGUCAUCGUUUUCAGGCCAAGCGAUUGAACAGGAGGGUACAGUGCUACAUCUGCCAUGACUACAUAUUUGGAAUUGGUCGACAAGGAUAUCGAUGUGCUGACUGCCGUCUGUGUGUGCACAAGAAAUGCCAUCGUCUUGUAAGAACAGCUUGCGGUCAGACGCCGACGCAGGUGAUUCCUGCACAGCCUACUCCAGCAGCAUUUACUAGUGGUUAUCAGCCUCCUUUGAAUGGUGCAGAAAAACCUUCGCUGCAAGGGCUUGACAAUGGCGCCUUUCAAGAAGCCGAAGUUGUUUCCAAUCAGGAAACUGCCGCAGUCACAGGAACUCAAGAUGGCACUGCCCCCAGCAAGUGGUCGGUGUCCUUGAGUGAUUUUCGUUUGCUGACUGUGAUCGGACGUGGAUCUUAUGCAAAAGUGGUGCAAGCGGAACAUAUUAAGACAAAACAAAUUUAUGCGAUCAAGAUAAUAAAGAAACAGAUGUUCAACGAAGACGAGGAUAUCGACUGGGUGCAAACGGAGAAAUCUGUGUUUGAGGCCGCUUCUAACUAUCCUUUUCUCGUGGGCCUUCACUCAUGCUUUCAGACAGAGUCUCGAUUGUUCUUUGUCAUCGAAUUCGUACCAGGAGGAGACCUUAUGUUCCACAUGCAGCGACAACGCAAACUUCCCGAGGAUCAUGCCAGAUUCUACUCCAGUGAGAUUAUCCUGGCAUUGCACUUUCUCCAUUCGCGCGGCAUCAUCUAUAGAGAUCUGAAACUCGACAACGUGCUUAUAGAUGCAGAAGGACACGUAAAACUGACUGACUAUGGAAUGUGCAAGGAGAACAUCGGACCAGGUGACGUUACUGCCACUUUCUGCGGUACGCCGAAUUACAUUGCUCCCGAGAUUCUACGCGGUGAAGACUAUGGCUUCAGUGUUGACUGGUGGGCUCUGGGUGUGCUCAUGUACGAGAUGAUGGCUGGCCGUUCGCCGUUCGAUAUAGUUGGCGCUGCAGGCGAUCCUGACCAGAAUACUGAAGAUUACCUUUUCCAGAUAAUUCUCGAGAAGCAAAUAAGAAUUCCUCGAAGUUUAUCCGUCAAAGCUGCAUCAGUUUUGAAGCAGUUUUUGAAUAAGGAUCCCGCAGAACGGCUUGGUUGUCGGGUGGACAUCGACGAAGCGUUGAUUGAUAUGAAAGAACAUCCAUUCUUCAAGAAUUCGGUCGAUUGGGAGGCGCUGGAACAACGACAAGUCGCACCUCCGUACAACCCGAGUGUGGAGAGCGACCGAGAUCUGCAGCACUUUGAUACGCAGUUCACAGACGAAGCACCUACACUUACCCCGGAUGAUCCAAGUGUCAUUGCGAAGAUCGAUCAAAGCGAAUUUGAUGGGUUCGAAUACGUAAAUCCACUGCAGAUGAGCAAAGAAGAUUCCGUCUGAAUGUAGGAACGUUCAUUACAUUUAGCCGCAUGCUGUCUGUAUCUGACCAAUCACUUGAGAUCGCUGAUCAUCUGAUGACUACCUUUUAUUGCUGAAGCGCAUCUUAUUCAUUUUAAUGAUUCUUGUCCUUAUCGUGCUAACUCGUUCGAGGAAGUGCUUGCUUGAGGAGAAUGUUUCAGUUUGAUAGAAGGGUUCUACAACCGCCUUUAGCCGUGCCUCCCUUAAUUGGGUUUUUAGAGUUGCGAAAUUCUACGCGUUAAAUUUUCUACUGUGUGUAUAGCAACUUCUCAAUUGUCACUUCAUUAUUACUUAUUGGCCACUGUGAUUAUAUUGUGAUGACUAUGAUAUCACUGCACAAUGCCACUUUGUAGCUGGUAUUAACUUAGUCUGGCACCAGCCACCAAUUGCUCCAAUCAUUCCUUUAAUAAUUAUCUUCAUUUAGACUACUUAUUCAAGUUGACAUCUGUUUCAAAAAGUUUGCAAACGUACGUAUUUGCUUUUAGCUCAAGUUUGUAUAAUAGAUGAUUGCUCUUAUGUUUACCACCUAGAUAAGUACCUUAUUCAGCUGAGCCGUGCAGCCGUUCACCAAUUCCAUUCAUUGAAUAAAUAUUUUUAUUGUGCUU